GUGCGCGUGACGCUUGGGCUCCUGGGCUGCGCAGCCUGGGCAGCGUCCCUCCGCUGGGGUCUCCAGCGACGAUAUCCAGGCGGCGGAGCGCACCGCCCACCAGGGCUCAGGGUCCUCCGACCGGGUGAAGCUUCGCUGGCUGCCAGGGUCCCCGACCGGGAUGCACUUCAGCACGGUCACCAGAGACAUGGAAGCCCUUGGCUCACGCAGCUCUCGCACUUCUGCGACGUUGCAGCCUUCACGGCCAGCAGCCUGAGCAGCCUGGGGGCCGCGGGGGGCUUCCCGGGCGCCGCGUCGCCCGGCGCCGACCCAUACGGCCCGCGCGAGCCCCCGCCGCCGCCGCCGCCACCGCGUUACGAUCCGUGCGCCGCCGCCGCCCCCGGCGCCCCGGGCCCGCCGCCGCCGCACGCCUACCCGUUUGCGCCGGCCGCCCGGGCCGCCACCAGCGCCGCCGCCGAGCCCGAGGGCCCCGGGGCCAGCUGCGCGGCCGCAGCCAAGGCGCCGGUGAAGAAGAACGCGAAGGUGGCCGGUGUGAGCGUGCAGCUGGAGAUGAAGGCACUGUGGGACGAGUUCAACCAGCUGGGCACCGAGAUGAUCGUCACCAAGGCCGGCAGGCGGAUGUUCCCCACCUUCCAAGUGAAGCUCUUCGGCAUGGAUCCCAUGGCCGACUAUAUGCUGCUCAUGGACUUCGUGCCGGUGGAUGAUAAGCGCUACCGGUACGCCUUCCACAGCUCCUCCUGGCUGGUGGCAGGAAAGGCUGACCCUGCCACGCCAGGCCGUGUGCACUACCACCCCGACUCGCCUGCCAAGGGCGCGCAGUGGAUGAAGCAAAUCGUGUCCUUUGACAAGCUCAAGCUGACCAACAACCUACUGGACGACAACGGCCACAUUAUUCUGAAUUCCAUGCACAGAUACCAGCCCCGCUUCCACGUCGUCUAUGUGGACCCGCGCAAAGAUAGCGAGAAAUAUGCCGAGGAGAACUUUAAAACCUUUGUGUUUGAGGAGACGCGAUUCACCGCGGUCACUGCCUACCAGAACCAUCGGAUCACGCAGCUCAAGAUUGCCAGCAAUCCCUUCGCCAAAGGCUUCCGGGACUGCGACCCUGAGGACUGGCCCCGGAACCACCGGCCCGGCGCGCUGCCGCUCAUGAGCGCCUUCGCGCGCUCGCGGAACCCCGUGGCCUCCCCGACGCAGCCCAGCGGCGCGGAGAAAGACGCGGCUGAGGCCCGGCGAGAAUUCGAGCGCGACGCGGGCGGGCAGGCAGUACUCGGGGACCCGGCGCACCCUCCACAGCUGCUGGCCCGGGUGCUAAGCCCCUCGCUGCCCGCGGCGGGCGGUGCCGGCGGUCUAGUCCCGCUGCCCGGCGCGCCUGGAGGCCGGCCCAGUCCCCCGCACCCCGAGCUGCGCCUGGAGGCGCCCGGCGCAUCGGAGCCGCUGCACCACCACCCCUACAAGUAUCCGGCUGCCGCCUACGAUCACUACCUCGGGGCCAAGAGCCGGCCGGCGCCCUACCCCCUGCCCGGCCUGCGUAGCCACGGCUACCACCCGCACGCUCACCCGCACCACCACCACCACCCCGUGAGUCCGGCUGCCGCCGCCGCCGCCGCCGCCGCCGCAGCUGCCGCGGCUGCCAACAUGUACUCGUCGGCCGGAGCCGCGCCGCCCGGCUCCUACGACUACUGCCCCAGAUAACGCGGGCCCCGCCCCGCCGCGCCCCUGCCCUGGCCCCGCACAGCCCCGAGGUUCGCGGGGCCCGGCCACCCUGCCCCAAGGGCCAGCAAGAAAUACGUUCCCUCAGUCCCAGGGGCCACCUCGGGUCUCCCCUUCCCCAGCCUCGAAGCCAUGGGGGCCCCCUCGCCACCCCCCAGCCCCUUGGGCUAUCGAAGUAUCCCGGUUCCCCAGUCCCUGGAGCCACCGCGGGUCCUUCCCCGGAGCCACCGCAGGUCCUUCCCCGGCCCCGAGGGCCACGGGGUCCCCGCCCGCCAGUGCCAAAGCGCCCGGUCGCAGGCGGAAGGAAGUGAUAUUUAUUGUUCUCCCCGAGACCGCGUCGCCCGCAGCCCGGCCGGCAGUUGCAGUGUAGACAACCCGAGAGCCCCGCCUGCAGGCGGUGUAGAUACGUGUAGAUAUUGUAGAUACUGUAGAUACCGCGCCGGCGCCGACUUGAUAAACGGUUUCGCCUCUUUUGGAA